AUGUCAGGCGGCCCUACAACAAAUCGUCCGUUGACGAAGACUCAUUGUGAAGCAUGUCGGAAAGUUUUUACGCCACGCGAUGCCAUGCAAAUCUACCAGGAUCGUUACUAUCAUCCACAAUGUUUUUGUUGUUCACAAUGUGGAAAUACAUUAGCAGGACGUCCGUUCUAUCCGAAACCGAACAAUCAGUUUCAAUGUGAAAAUUGUAAUAAUGCACUUGCGCCUAUUUGCUGCAUGUGCAAUGGAAAGAUUCCAUCUGGCACAACAGCGAAACGAUUUAAGGAUCGUCAUUAUCAUAGCGAUUGUUUUCGCUGCUGCAAAUGUACGGCAGUUAUACCUGAUGGUCAUAAUUUUGUUGAUAUGCUCGAUGGACGCUAUCAAUGUUUGACAUGUUCAAAACAUAUCACUGGAAUGUAUCAAGGCAAAGAGCAUGCGCCACAUUUGGACAAUAGUUAUGGCGAAGUAACGCCUGUCCAAUGCGACCAAGCAGGUCGAAUACCUAUAUGCGAUAAAUGCACACGACCUGUACCGAGCGAUGAAGAAGCUUUUCGACAUGACACACGUUAUUAUCAUCUAGAUUGCGCACGUUGCAAUCGAUGUCGUAGAAAACUUAUCAAUGUGCCAUGUCGAAAACUUGGCUCUGCGUUAGUGUGUUAUACAUGUUCAUAA